UACAGAACAACAGAGCAGCCCAAAGGCAACGAUGAAACAGGGAGAGCAGAGAUUGAGGAGAAGCAAAAGGAGGAGGUAGGAUAUGAGGAAGAAGAGGAAGAAGAGGGGGUGGAGGAAGAGAAAGAGGAGGAGAGGCAAUGUGUGGGUCAGGAGAACUCAGAUCAUCAGUACUCCAGUGGUGACUACAGCAGGCAUCAGGCAAAAGUGGAAGGAGAUGAGGAAGAAGAAGGGGAAGAGAAGGAGGGAGAGGAGACUGAGAAGAAGGUAAUGGAAGAGAAGGAGGACGAAGAGGAGGAGGAGGAGGUGGUCCACGUGGAGCCUCUUGCCUCUAGUACGCUUGCUCAGGGAUGUGAGGAUACAGAAGUGGCACCGGAGGAGGUAAAGAUUGGUACCCCGUUGACAGAAGAGGAGGAAGAGGAGGAGGAAGGAGAGGAGGAAACAGAAGCAGGGGAGGUGGAAGAAGAAGACCAAGACUCUCACAAAGCCUCACCUACCACAGUGGUCAUUGAGAUACGAUCUGAGGAGGAGGAAGAGGAGGAGGAAGAUGACUGUCUCUCACAGGGUUCAGGCGUGACAGAUGACUCUGAGACCUGGGAUAUGACCCGGGGGAACUUGGGGCUGCUGGAGCAAGCCAUCGCCCUGAAGGCCGAGCAGGUGAGAGGGCCGAACGACGACCAACAGUCUCCCGAGGACCAGCGCUACCACAGCUCCGACGACAGGGCCAGCAAACCGAUGGACCCAGCCAUGCGACACAGAGGACACCACAGCAAAGACAAGAAAGAGGUGAAAUGCCCCACCCCUGGGUGUGAUGGGACGGGCCAUGUGACUGGGCUGUACCCCCACCACCGCAGCCUCUCUGGGUGCCCUCACAAAGACAGGAUCCCACCUGAGAUCCUGGCCAUGCACGAGAAUGUGCUGAAGUGUCCAACUCCAGGAUGCACAGGCCAAGGUCACGUCAAUAGCAAUCGCAACACGCACCGCAGUCUGUCCGGUUGUCCCAUCGCAGCUGCAGAGAAGCUUGCCAAGGGGGGCCAAGUCACCCUCACUCACCCCCAGCCUUCAGUCAGCGAGCCCCAAACUGGGAGCCCCCACUCAGACAGAGUUCUCAGACCAAUGUGUUUUGUGAAGCAGCUGGAGAUCCCUCAGUAUGGCUACAGACCCAACAUGGUGCCUGCUACACCCCGCGCCAACUUGGCCAAAGAGCUGGAGAAAUACUCCAAGGUUUCCUUCGACUAUGCAAGCUUCGACGUCCAGGUGUUCGGGAAGCCUAUGCUGGUUCCAAAGAUGCCCGCCACCAGUCAAUCCUCACCCAAAGCCAUCAAAUCUAAACCAUUCCCUAAGGCCUCGUCCCCGAGCCAUAGCUUGUCAGGAGGAUAUGCAAAGAGCAGCUCCUCCUCGUCCUCCAGCGGCUACGAUUACUCCCAUGAUGCCGAGGCUGCUCACAUGGCUGCCACUGCCAUCCUGAACCUGUCCACGCGCUGCUGGGAAAGGCCCGAGAACCUUAGCACCAAACAGCAGGACGCAGCCAGCAAGGAAAUUGAUAUUGAAGUGGAUGAGAAUGGUACACUGGACCUGAGCAUGAAGAAGCCCAUCAAGAGGGAAGGGAUGCAAUCACCAGACCCAUCUUUAUCCUCCUCCUCUUCCUCGCAGCACCUGGGAGGUGUUCCCUUGUCCCAGGCCCACCUGCAAGAGGAGUGGGAAGGGCCUCUGGACUUCACCAAGCCAAACUGUCCCAAAGAGGAGGAGGAGCAAGAUGAGGUGGACUUUGUGGCCCACUCCUACACCUCUUCUGAUGCAGAGGACGAUGACAUCGCUCAGGAGAGCAUGGAGGACAGGAAGUACCCAGGCGAGGUCACCACGUCCAGCUUCAAGGUCCAGUUCUCGCCCAAAGACUGCAAGAAAGAGGUUCUACUAUGUCCCACCCCAGGUUGUGAUGGCAGUGGGCACAUCACUGGAAACUACGCUUCACAUCGGAGUCUGUCAGGCUGUCCUCUUGCUGAUAAGUCUCUUCGGACCCUCAUGGCAGCCCACUCUGCUGAACUUAAGUGUCCGACCCCUGGAUGCGAUGGAUCAGGUCACAUCACUGGAAACUACGCCUCCCAUAGAAGUUUGUCUGGAUGCCCUCGUGCAAAGAAAGGUGCUGUCAAGACAACACCCACCAAGGACGACAAGGAAGACUCUGAGCUUUUAAGUAGAUGCCCGGUGCCCGGCUGUGACAGCCUGGGCCACAUCAGUGGGAAGUAUGCCACCCACCGCAGUGCCUAUGGGUGCCCCCUGGCAGCGCGGCGUCAAAAGGAGGGGCUCCUCAACGGCUCUCCUUUCUCCUGGAAGGCCUUUAAGACUGAGGGACCCACCUGUCCCACCCCCGGCUGUGACGGAUCAGGACACGCCAAUGGCAGCUUCCUCACACACCGCAGUCUCUCUGGUUGUCCCAGAGCCUCUGCUAAUAAGAAGAGAAGCAGGUUUCCUGGAGACGAGUACAUUACAGCAAAGUUCAGGGCCAGCGAUGUUCUGGAUAAUGAUGAAGAUAUCAAGCAACUGAACAAUGAGAUCAGGGAACUCAGCGAGUCCAAUUCAGAGAUGGAGGAUGACAUGAUGAACCUGCACACACAGAUCUCAUCCAUGGAGAAUAACCUGAAGAGUAUGGAGGAGGAGAACAAGCAGAUCGAGGAGAGAAACGAUGCCCUGUACAUGGAGCUGUCUGGCCUGAGCCAAGCUCUGAUCCGCAGCUUGUCCAACAUCCGGCUGCCACACAUUCAGGAGCCUAUGUCGGAGCAGAACUUCGAUACCUACGUGGACACCUUGACCCAUAUGUUCUCCAAUAAAGAUUGCUACCAAAACCCGGAAAACCGCGCUCUGUUGGAGUCCAUCAACCAAGCAGUAAAAGGCAUCGAAGUAUAGUCUCUCAAAGGGAGAUGAAGAGGCUAAAUGGAAUAUAUGAAUGAGAGGGAAAAGAGGAACGAGAGCAGGGUGACAUGGUGUGUGGGUAUACAAAACCCAACAACUAUACAAAACCCAACAACUAUAAAUAAAUCCAUUGCUUUUGGAAUAUACUGUAGACCUGAUUUUUCUUGUAUUUGUUUUGGAGAAAAUGUGUCCAUUUCACAUUGCUCCCCCUCCCUGCUUGCAUGAAGGUUAUCAAGAUCAAUGGACACACUUGUGUAUGGAUGAGUACGGAAGUUUCAAUUAUGUCUUGAGUGUUCUUGAGUGCAUUGGAGUAAAACUGUGUUGGUGUGGGUGUUUAGGAACGUUUUGAGGGGUAUAAUAAAAAAGCCACUUUAAUGGUUCAGAACGGACUAAGAAUGCAGUAUACUGGCUCCAAUACCCCAUCAUACAAUAUUCUCCUAAAUAGUGUACAUGUAUUCCAACCCCAUUGAGUAAUGUUGAUAGUAUUUAUGAGCGUAGAUGUUGCACUUCCAGGGGAUAGUUUUUAGUUUCAUUACUAUUGUUGUGUAUGAAUUUGAGUCUUAAAAAUGUCUGUUUGAUGUAUUAUUUAUUCAUGUUGUGUUAAUUUAGCUUAUUUAUUCAGCAUUUAUUUAUUGGCCUAUUUAUUUAUUUUUACAAAACAAAAUUAUACUGAAGACAUUUUUAAACAGCGAUUGAGAGGAGUUUUCCUCUGCACUGUUGAAAAAUAGAAAUAUUUUACAAUAUCAACUAUAAAUUGUUUUAUAUAUCUUAUUAUUUAUUUGAAAUACUGGGAUCUUUUUUAAGUGCAAAUAUUUUAUAACCGACAAGUUUUGAUAAUUUUUUAAAGAUUUUUCUUUUGUUUAUAUUAUUUAUUUUAUUCCAUAAAGUAUUUUGAGACACCUUGCAAUGAACUGGGAGAAAUGUGUAUGUAUUUAAUAUUUAUUUGAUAAUGAAGAACAAAGUGAAUGGAGAUGUUGGUGUAUAUUUAUUUUGUAUUGUCUAUGUGUUAGUGAUGAUGGCUGUGUAUGGAUUAGUCUUUGCCCAUAUGUUGAUAUUGAAAUAAAGAAAACCUGUGCUAAUAUAA